AAACCGCAAACGGAUUUCAAACGUAGUAUAUAAAGGAUCCGUAGUAUAUAAAGAUCCUAAAUAACGAAUUUGAAUAUUAUAUUAAGCAAAUAGUACUUGAAAGUGUAUUUCCUUCGUACUAAUUUUAAAAUAUGAAAGUAUCCAAAUUAAGUGUAUACACGUUGAUCACCAAUCUUUUUUGGCUCGUCGAUGGAAGAUAUAAUUUUUUGGAAUACGAUAACGGACAGCGAGAAGAGAUAGUGGGUUGCAGAAAUGUAAAACAGACAGUUCAUAAUGUAAUGAAAGAAGUUAAGUGUAUGCCGAGAACGACUUUGAUGAAACUCGUCCUGAACAAUGAAUAUACUUAUUAUCCUGACGUGAUACCAUUGAAAAGAUGUCACGGUCACUGUCGUCAUCUAACUUGUUUACCGAUCCAAACCCAAAUGACAUCUAUUGCUCUUCAACGUUCUCAUAUAAAUUCGUCAACGAUAUCCUGUGUUACGGUCGAGGUCGAAGAACACACGCAGUGCAAAUGUGCUUGCGAAGUUAUGAGUUAUCAUUGCAAUAGCAAUCAGAGAUACGUGAAGAGAGAUUGCGAGUGUAAGUGUAUAAAUGAUAAAGAAAAAGAGGAAUGUAUGAUGAAGUCGAACAUGAUUUGGGACCCUGAAAAUUGCAAAUGUAUGUGCAAUAAAAUGGAAGAGCCAUGUUCUACUGGUCUGAAAUGGAUCCGCGAAGAGUGCGCUUGUGGACAAAUCAUAAUGUACGGAAAGAAUUGAACAACGACGAUAACGCCGCUGCAGUAGUAGUCGUAUCGAUAUAAUCCCCGAAAUUAGUCCAAGUAUGAUCCCACAAUUUUGGAUCAGCUUUUUUGUUCCAUGGCAAAUUGCUUGGAGGAAUUGCCGUAGCAUUAAAUUUUUUCACUUCUUCCUG